AGGUCCUUAUUUGCAUUUUCAAGAGUAAUUCGGCCCAAUAAUUUGGGCUGGACUCAGAUAACGAGACCGGAACCCGAAUACCCGUUAAGCUGUAAACAUUUUGCGGAGUUGUAUUUCCCGGUGGGCGAAGUGAUUGUUACGAAUAACUGUAGAGAGAGAAAGAGAUAGUCGCAGCGGAGCGUGAGCUCAACGCGCGAUUGGAUGGGAGAAAACAGCUCGUUCACCGCCGCAGCACCUCCGCCGCCGUCUCCAAAAUCAGCCGCCAUCGAUGACGCGCUUCUCAAGCAGUUCUUCGCCGAGGUCAGCGAGGUUGAGCGCGACAACGAAGUUAUCAGGAUACUUUCAUGCUUCAAAUUGAAUCCAUUUGAAUACCUUAACCUGUCAUUUGAUUCAUCCAUUGACGAUGUUAAAAAGCAGUAUCGUAAGUUGUCUUUACUUGUUCACCCUGAUAAAUGCAAGCAUCCACAAGCAAAGGAGGCAUUUGGUGCCUUAGCUAAAGCGCAACAGUUAUUACUUGAUCAACAGGAGAGGGACUACAUUCUGAGCCAAGUUGUUGCAGCAAAAGAAGAAUUAAGAUCAAAGUGGAAGAAGCAGCUUAAAAAAGAUACUGCUAGCAAAUUGAAGUCUUUAGUUACUGAGGGUAAAUAUGACCAAGAACAUGAGCAGUCAGAGGAAUUCCAGCAGCAUCUGAGGUUGAAGGUUAGAGAACUAUUGACAGAACAAGAAUGGCGGAGGAGAAAAAUGGCAAUGAGGAUAUCUGAAGAGGAAGGUCGCUUGAAGAAAGAUGAGGAAGAAACAAAAGAGAUGUGGAAAAGAAAACGUGAGCAUGAGGAGCAGUGGGAAGGAACUAGAGAAAAGAGGGUGUCCAGUUGGAGGGAUUUCAUGAAGGGUGGGAAGAAGGCUAAGAAAGGAGAGAUUCGGCCUCCAAAGCUCAAGACAGAAGAUCCCAACAAAUCUUAUGUUCAAAGACCAGUUAAACGUGGUUAACACAUGUAGUCUGAUGGUUUUUUAUUGCUUCCAUAGUGACGUGAAUCUCAUUGAGAGCUAGAACUGGCUUCUUGAGGAUAAGCCCCUCUCUUGUAUAAAGUUGUAUUUGUUGAGAAGCCAAGUAUUGAGCAACAAAUUACCUUUU